AUGAGCCAGAGGUUCACCGUCUCCAAGAGCGACUCCGACCGGCGCGGGGCAGACAUGCAGGGGGAGGUGAACCAGCUGUUUGAAGGAGACGAGCCGACAACGUCCAGAUGCGGAGCGGACAAAGAGGAGGACGCCGCCGACGCCGAGGUGGUGGUGGUGCUGAAAGGUGACAACAACCCAAAGGAGAGCAGCCCCUUCAUCAACAGCAGCGAUGCUGCAGCAGAGAAGAGCCAGCAGUAUGACGGCAAGAACAUGGCCCUGUUUGAGGAGGAGAUGGACACCAGUCCCAUGGUUUCGUCUCUGCUCAGCAGCCUGGCCAACUACUCCAACCUGCCCCAAGGCAGCAAGGAGCACGAGGAAGCGGAGAACAACGAGGCCGAGUCCUCCCGCAAGAAACCCAUCAAGGCGCCCCAACUGGGUACCCUGAUGGGCGUCUAUCUGCCGUGCAUCCAGAACAUCUUUGGCGUGAUCCUCUUCCUCAGGAUGACCUGGUUGGUGGGCAUCGGAGGCGUGGUCGGGACCUUCGUCAUUGUCUUCAUGUGCUGCACCACGACCAUGCUGACUGCCAUCUCGAUGAGUGCCAUUGCCACCAAUGGAGUUGUACCAGCUGGAGGCUCCUACUACAUGAUUUCCCGUUCGCUGGGCCCUGAGUUUGGGGGGGCAGUGGGGAUCUGUUUCUACCUGGGGACCACCUUUGCGGGAGCCAUGUACAUCCUGGGGGCCAUCGAACUCCUACUGAUCUACAUAGCGCCUAAGGCAGCCAUUUUCCCACUGGAGGGACUGGAGGGCGCCGAGGCCGAAGCCGCCCUGCUGAACAACAUGCGUGUGUACGGCACCAUUCUGCUGACCUCUAUGGCGACGGUGGUGUUUGUUGGGGUGAAGUACGUCAACAAGCUGGCCCUGGUUUUCCUGGCCUGCGUCAUCCUCUCCAUCCUGGCUGUCUACGCCGGGGUCAUCAAGACGGGUGUCGAUCCUCCAGACUUCCCAGUGUGUCUCUUGGGGAACCGCACCCUGGUGUGGAAGAAGUUCGACGUGUGCGCCAAGACCAUCGAGACGGCGAACGGGACCGUCACCACACAGCUGUGGCGCAUGUUCUGCGACUCGUCCUUCCUCAACGCCACCUGUGACAAGUACUUUGAGGCAAACAAUGUGUCCCAGGUCCAGGGUAUCCCCGGGGUGACCAGCGGGAUUCUGACAGAGAACCUGUUCGGGAAUUACUAUGAGAAGGGGGACCUGGUGGCGAGGAAAGACAUGGAGUCCAUCGAGGGGGUGGACGACCCUCUGACCAACUCCAACCGCUACGUCCUGGCCGACAUCACCAGCUUUUUCACCCUGUUGGUCGGCAUCUACUUCCCCUCAGUCACAGGUAUCAUGGCUGGUUCCAACCGCUCCGGGGACCUGCGCGAUGCCCAGAAGUCCAUCCCUAUUGGAACCAUUGCAGCUAUCACUACCACCUCCGCUGUCUACAUGUCCAGCGUGGUGCUGUUCGGUGCCUGCAUUGAGGGGGUGGUCCUCAGAGACAAGUUUGGGGAGGGAGUCAACGGCAACCUGGUGAUUGGAACGCUGGCUUGGCCGUCACCGUGGGUCAUCGUGAUUGGCUCCUUCUUCUCCACCUGCGGGGCGGGGCUUCAGAGCUUGACGGGAGCUCCUCGCCUCCUGCAGGCGAUCGCCAAGGACAGCAUUGUGCCCGCCUUGCGGAUCUUUGGCCAUGGGAAGGCCAACGGGGAGCCCACGUGGUCCCUCCUGCUGACCGCCUGCAUCUGUGAGAGUGGCAUCCUCAUCGCCUCCCUGGACGCGGUGGCUCCCAUCCUCUCCAUGUUUUUCCUGAUGUGCUACAUGUUUGUGAACCUGGCCUGUGCCUUGCAGACUCUGCUGAGGACCCCAAACUGGAGACCACGCUUCAAAUUCUAUCACUGGGCUUUGUCUUUCCUGGGCAUGAGUUUGUGUCUUACGCUCAUGUUCAUCUGCUCCUGGUACUACGCCAUCGUCGCCAUGGUAAUUGCCAGCUCCAUCUACAAGUAUAUCGAGUUCGCAGGGGCGGAGAAAGAGUGGGGUGAUGGGAUACGCGGUUUGUCUCUCAGUGCUGCACGCUACGCGCUCAUGAGGCUGGAGGAGGGGCCCCCACACACCAAGAACUGGAGGCCCCAGUUGCUGGUGCUGGUCAGCAUGGACGGGGAGCAGAACGUGGAGCAGCCUCGUCUUCUCUCUCUCACCAACCAGAUGAAGGCGGGAAAAGGUCUCACCAUUGUCGGCACCGCCCUGGAGGGAACCUACCUGGACAACAUCGAGCACGCCCAACGUGCCGAGCAGGCUUUACGUAAACUGAUGGAGACAGAGAAGGUGAAGGGGUUCUGUCAAGCGACGGUUUCCUCGAACAUGCGUGACGCCACCUCACACCUGCUCCAGGCCAGCGGGCUCGGAGGACUGAAGCACAACGCCGUGCUGGUCAGCUGGCCGCGCAACUGGAAACAGGCCGACGAGCACCAGACGUGGAGGAACUUCAUCGAGCUGGUGCGGGAGACCACUGCCGCUCACCUGGCUUUGCUCGUGCCCAAAAACAUCGCCGCCUUCCCCUCCAAUGGCGAGCGCUUCACUGAGGGCCACAUUGACGUGUGGUGGAUCGUCCAUGAUGGAGGCAUGCUGAUGCUGCUGCCCUUCCUCCUCCGCCAGCACAAGGUCUGGAGGAAGUGCAAGAUGCGCAUCUUCACCGUGGCCCAGAUGGACGACAACAGCAUCCAGAUGAAGAAGGACCUGACCACUUUCCUCUAUCACCUCCGUAUCGAUGCUAUGGUUGAGGUUGUAGAAAUGCAUGACAGCGAUAUCUCGGCCUACACCUACGAGAAGACCUUGGUGAUGGAGCAGCGCUCGCAGAUCCUCAAACAGAUCAACCUGACCAAGACCGAGCGUGAGAGAGAGAUUCAGAGCAUCACCGAUUCGUCCCGCGGCUCCAUCCGUCGCAAGAACCCGGCAGCCGUGACCACCCAGCUGAGUGUGACUGAGGACCAGCCUGGAGGCAGCAAGGAGGAGAAGCCUGAGGAGGAGUCAAAGUCGGCCUCUUCCCCUGUCUCCCCUCCUGACCAGGUUCAGCUCAUCCAUGACAACACCACCCCGGCCAGCCCCGCCACCCCGGCCACCCCGCUGACCCCCGGCGCCGAGGCAGUCCAGAGCCCCGGGGAGCAGGUCCAGAUGACUUGGACGGAGAAGUGUGAUGGGGAGCCGGCCAAGCCACCCGGCGCCGCCACACCCGAGGGCAUCAAAGACAUCUUCAACAUGAAGCCCGAGUGGGAGAAUCUGAACCAGUCAAACGUGAGGCGCAUGCACACGGCACUCAGGCUGAACGAAGUCAUUGUCAAGAAGUCAUCAGAGGCCAAGCUGGUACUCCUCAACAUGCCCGGGCCACCCAAGAACCGGACAGGUGACGAAAACUACAUGGAGUUCCUGGAGGUCCUCACCGAGGGCCUCAACCGGGUCCUCCUGGUCCGCGGAGGCGGACGCGAGGUCAUCACCAUCUACUCUUGA